UGUAAUGUCAUCCAUGUCAUUUUUGUUUUGAUUUUUUCGCUAUUUUGUAGGUUACUUUUAUCGUUCGUUUGGGGGACUUUUUUAUCGUAUAUAAAUAAAGGUUGCUUUUACAGAAUGGUCUCCAAAGUUACUACUGUAAAACUUUCCAGUGGGCAUGAAAUGCCUAUGAUUGGACUUGGGACGUAUGCUCGUAAAGCCGAUCCUGGGCAGUUCUGCCAAGCAGUUGAAUGCGCGAUAGACGCAGGCUACCGGCACAUAGAUACAGCGUCAUGCUACAAAAAUGAGGUGGAGGUUGGACAAGCUAUUGCCAAUAAAAUCAAACAAGGAGUGGUGACUAGACAGGAACUUUUUGUAACAACUAAGCUCUGGAAUGAUUCGCAUGCAGAGGCUGAUGUGAUACCGGCUCUCAAAGAGUCACUGAACAAACUAAAACUGGACUAUGUUGAUCUGUAUCUGGUCCACUGGCCUGUUUCUGUGAAUAGUCAAGGAGAGGACACAGCAAUAGAUCACUCUGAAACGUGGAGAGGAAUGGAGCAGGCUGUGGCGCAGGGCCUGGCGAAGUCCAUAGGGGUGUCUAACUUUAACGAAGAACAGCUGGAAAGGCUGCUGAAGAGUGCCAAGAUAAAGCCUGUAGUCAAUCAGUUUGAGAUAAAUCCAACCCUUACUCAGCAUAAGCUAGUAAACUUUUGCAAAGAGCGCUCCGUAGUGCCUGUGGCCUAUACGCCGCUCGGACUCAUCUCUGAAGCGAGGCCGGAGUUCAUUGGGAAAGACGCCAUCAAAACUGACCCAAAGCUUGGCGAGCUGGCCCAGAAGUAUGGAAAGACGCGGGCGCAAAUCGCUUUGCGGUACUUGAUCCAACGCGGCAUACCUGUAAUGCCGAAAUCAUUUACCAAGUCUCGUAUUGAAGAAAACUUGAAUAUAUUCGAUUUCGAACUAACUGACAAAGAAAUGGAUACAGUAGAUAGUUUUAAUAUCGAUCACAGAUGUGUUCCUGGUAGCAUAUUUGCCAAGUGCACACAUUAUCCCUUUUAAACAGAUGUUUAAAAUUGAGUUUACACAUUGUGUAAACACAUUAUGUAGGUAGACAAAUACUAACUUACUAGUGGGAAUAUGAUAAUGGUAGAUUAAUUAUAACUUGAAAGCAUAAUAAUAACUGUAAUAUACAAAGUAUAAUUACGUAAUAAUUGUGAUAUU